GCAAGACAACACUUGCUUCCCAGCUAGGUGGAGUAGUGUGUGUCCUUUUUGCUUGCGGUCGCCGGUUCGAUUCAUGCCGAAUUCUUCUUGAUCGAGACUGGGAAAUGGAAGUAAGGCAUGUGUUUCGUGAAGACAAUCCAUCCAGGUGUUAAUUGGCUGGCUUGGUUGGCUCUCUUAACUUCCCUUUGGGUGUUCAAUAUCUCGAUGUUUGUCCUUAUGGUUUUAGUCAUCUUCUAAUAAGAGACAUUUAUGGGAUUGUUAUUCAUAUUCUACGUCUUUGUGUUUAAUUCAUUUCCGGCUUCGGCCCCUUUGGUUUAAAAAAAAAAAAAAAACUAUUUUUGGUAAAAUAUAUAUAUUAAAAAAAAAAAAAACCACACCCACAAGCACUCACGUCGUCCUCCGGCGCGAAGCAAAGCUUUGUGUCGGCCCCCCUCAGGCAGCUCUGACCGACCGACCGACCGGUGGAGUCCUUGUAUUCGUCUCUCCUACCUUAAUCUCUUUCUCCUCGUAAAUCUGUCUCUGCUCCUCAAACUCAUUCGAGCUCUUUCACUUUAGCUAUCAUCACCUUCUGCCCCUGCCGUUUUCUCCAAUUUACUGAGAGCAAUUGUUGGUAUUGAUUGUCGUUAUUGUAAUAGGACUCGAGCAUUUCUGGGAAAUUACCUCAAAUUGCCCGUCGCCUCUGCCUUGUUUCCCUAAAUUGCUGAUUAGCUUUCGGUGUUGAACUGUGUUGAAGCAAAGAGUGUAGUGCUGGUGAAUUUGGAGUCGUAAAAUGAUGCAAUUUCAAGGGAAUAGCCGAUGAAAUCGGAUUGUUUAGUCGAAGAAUAUGUGGAGAUUUGUUUCCCGGGCGUACCUUCUUCUCGACAGAGAUGUCCUCUGCUUGAUAUCCGCCAAGCCGAAGACACCACCCUUAAGUUAUAUCCGCCUGGUUUGUUUAGGUCCCAAGGAUCAUCAACGCCAUCAUUCUACGAAUCACGGAUAUGCUAAACCGAGAGAAACCCCGGUAUGCCUUGCGAAGAACCAGGACGACUUUGCCCACGAUGAAAAUCAAGGUGAGUUUGCGGGUGAUGUGGAAAAGAUAUACAGAAUCCUCAGAAAGUUCCACUCUAGGAAAGCCAAGUUGGAACUGGCAUUACAAGAAUCCGGCAUUGUCAUGCGCCCGGGCUUAGCAGAACGAGUUCUCAAGCGGUGUGGGGAUGCGGGCAAUUUGGGUUACAGCUUCUUUGUUUGGGCCUCGAAACAACCAGGUUACCGGCACAGCUAUGAUGUGUACAAGGCGAUCAUCCGGAUAUUGGGGAAGAUGAGGCAUUUUGGCACGGUCUGGGCAUUGAUAGAUGAGAUGAGGAAGGAGAAUCCUCAAUUGAUUUCACCUGACUUGUUUGUGGUCUUGAUGAGGAGGUUCGCAUCUACAAGAAUGGUAAAGAAGGCGAUAGAAGUAUUAGAUGAGAUGCCCAGGUAUGGAUGUGAGCCUGAUGAGUACGUAUUUGGUUGCCUGCUGGAUGCUCUCUGUAAGAAUGGCAGUGUGAAAGAGGCAGCAUCUUUGUUUGAAGACAUGAGAUAUCGAUUCACCCCAAGCAUCAGGCAUUUCACGUCUCUGCUGUAUGGUUGGUGCCGGGAAGGGAAGCUCAUGGAGGCCAAGCAUGUGUUGGUGCAGAUGAGGGAAGAAGGCUUUGAACCUGAUAUUGUGGUUUAUAACAACCUAUUAAGCGGAUACACUCGAGCCCAGAAGAUGGGGGAUGCAUAUGAUUUGCUGAAGGAGAUGAUGUGGAAGGGUUGUGAGCCGAAUGCAACAUCUUACACAACUUUGAUACAGGGCCUCUGUACUCAGGAGAAGACAGAAGAAGCGAUGCGGGUCCUACACGAGAUGGAGAGACGCGGCUGCGAGGCAGAUGUCAUCACUUACACCACUCUCAUCAGCGGCUUCUGCAAGUUGGGCAAAGUAGAUAAGGGCUACGAGCUCUUGCAGAGCAUGAUAAAGCAAGGGCUUCCCCCUGAAUCAACGAGUUACUUGCAUAUCAUGCUAGCACAUGAGAAGAAGGAAGACCUCGAAGAGUGCCUAAAUCUUGUUGAGGAGAUGAAGAAGAGUGGGUGUGGACCCAAUCUCAAUGCAUACAACGUGGUGAUACGUUUAGCAUGCAAGUUGGGGGAGGUUAAGGAAGCUAUUCAGGUUUGGAACCAAAUCGAAGUGAGCAGGCUUAGCCCAGGAGUUGACACUUUUGUGAUCAUGGUCCACGGUUUUAUCGAGCAAGGCUAUCUCGUCGAAGCAUGCAAGUACUUUACAGAGAUGGUGGGAAGAGGCCUCUUCAAUGCCCCUCAUUACGGCACAUUGAAGGAACUAUUGAACUCUUUAUUGAGAGGAGAUAAGCUUGAACUGGCAAAAGAUGUGUGGGGUUGCAUUACACGAAAAGGGUGUGAUCUUAAUGUUUACGCAUGGACGAUUUGGAUCCAUGCCCUCUUCUCAAGGGGGCAUGUGAAGGAGGCCUGUUCGUAUUGUUUGGACAUGAUGGACUCAGAUCUGAUGCCGCAGCCCGAUACCUUCGCGAAGCUAAUGCGAGGCCUCAGGAAGCUCUAUAACAGGCAAUUUGCAGCUGAGAUCACCGAGAAGGUGAGGAAGAUGGCAGAGGAAAGACAGGUCACCUUUAAGAUGUACAAGCGGAGAGGUGAGAGGGACUUGAAAGAGAAGGCUAAGGCCAAAAAAGAAGGGAGGAAGAGGAGGGCUCGGAGGCGAAGGUGGGGCGGGGCCCGGGCGCGGGCUAAUGUGUUUUCCAGGGAAACUUGAUCGAUAAGCUCUCGAGCACCAAGUGAGCUGCUGAUGAUGAACCAUCAUUUCUCUGUCUAUCGGACAUUAUAGGAAAGGCUCUUGCAGGUCGAGGAAGAUGCAGAGAUUGUGUUCGUGCUGUAGUCUCUCCUCUAGUGACUAGUCUGACACUCAGAGCUCAUUGCCCGAAAUUGUAGAACUGUUCUUCCUGACUCCGAAUUUUAGCCUGAUUCUCUAUCUGUUCUUCUUGGCUCUGCUCUAAUCUCGAAGAAUUUUCAAGGCAAUGGAGAGGUCAAGGGAAAAAAGCUUUAGUUGCCUAGCCUUGUUUCCCGAAUGUUUGUAACAUCAUGUAACUCCACCAAGUGAAUAUUGCUUGAGUAAUCUGAUUUCGUGAUGAUAUAUAAUCACGGUGAGGGGUGACAAGAAUUUCUAGAACA